GUGUGAGCGAAACAGGGAGCCCAGAGCAAUGCGUGCUAGAGCGAGACGGUGAGAUUGAACGGUUGUGUUUACAAAAGCAAGGUGUCUAGGAAUAGGUCUGAAAGCGGUAAGCGGAAUGCGAGGACGCGUGAAACGGUGGAAAGUGAACUAGUGGAGUCGAAAGAAUUUGGCAAGACCACAGUCGAGCCGAGGCCCGUGAAGUAAAGAAGUUGAAGUGCACUCGUUGCGAGGAAGCGGCUGCGAGUCGUGAAUUUAUAUCAGUUUGGGGUUGGAAAAGCAAAAGUUGGAAGCUAGUGUUCGUUAAAUGUGAAGUAUUGAAAGUGUUGCAGAAAUGACGGACGAGAUAAUCGUGCGGGCACGGCAAAAUUGCUGCCGCCUAUGCUUGGCUCCGGACAGUGAAUGUGUUCCAAUUCUGACGAGUUUGGCUGCUGAUAAGGAACCUCUUUCGUCGAAAAUUCAAGCGUGCGUCAACGUGAAGGUUAACCAAUCGGAUCGCCUUUCUCUGAGAAUAUGUCAUUCGUGCAUAAGUUUCCUGAAUGCAUGGCAAAGCUUCAAAAAUCGGUGCUUAGCGGCCCAAAUGAAACAACUGAAUUGGUUGGAGAUGGCUAAGAGUUCAAUGCGGCGGCAAAUCGGUCAAAUGCAACAGCAACAAACAUGUUCACUGGCCAAUGGUACCGAUGUUCGUUCAAAUCAAAGUCGAAUGCCAGCUAAACCUGCUACUGGUAGACCUAUGCCUAUUCCAAUGAUUAUUAAAGAAGAGCCCUUAGACGAAGAGGCAGAUGCGCAGGAGGAAGCAGCGUUGAGAAUGAGCCUGAACCCUGCAGAAUUUCUCGAAAGUAAUGGCGUUAUACCAAAGCAGGAGUUAGAAGAUGAAGAUGAAUUUCUCUUGGAGCCUAGCAAAAUAAUGAACGACGAAGGACCACAAAUACUGACAUCACUUGGAUUAACUCAAAUAAAGAGAGUUAACCCGUAUAGUCAAUUGAGCAUUGAUGCUGGCCACACUAAAAGGGAUAUUGAAAGUCAACAAGAAGCAUCGCCUGGUAUUCCGGCGACUCAGUGCCGUUUUUGCAAUAUGUCUUUUUCGUCGGCAACCAAUGCCCGGCGUCAUGAGCGUAAUUUGCAUCGAGCGACAGACAUGGGAAAUGCCGAAACACCGAAAUUCUGCAUCAAACCAACUGCUCCACGUUCAUUGCUGAAACCUCUACAUACGUUAAGACCAAAUUCGAUGCCAUCUUCCACGUCGUCUCUAUCAGUAUUUACGCAACUAAGAGCCGCGCCUCCUCCCGUGACACCAGAGAUGAUGGGGGUCUAUGACUACGAUAAACCGGAAAAGUACCGGCAUUUAUUAACUGAUUCUAAAUUGUUGUUUAUCCGCAAACAUGAGGAUUUCUUGAAACAGUAUCAAACAAUGACUUGUACGUGUUGCCCUCAGACAUUCCCGUCAUACAAAGCUUUCAUGGCUCAUAUGCGAAGAAAAUACACAAAUUUGGCGAGAAACUUGUGUUUCAAGUGCCUGAAACAGUUUCAAUCGAAGACUCCAUUCGUCGCUCAUCUGAAGAAGAGGAAUUGCAUAAAUUUGUACAAACUUUAUAAUGCAGACAAUGAAAUCCCGAAGACGGGGAAUUUGGUAGCAUCACCAGAGAAGGUGGGCACGAAAGAGCUGUUGAAUAAUAAAGUAUACGAAUGUAAAUUGUGUUCAAAAACAUUCCGAUUGAAGCUAGAUUUCCGCAGCCAUGUCUACGAAGCUCAUGGCGAUAGUGUGAGGAAGGAUUCCGCUCCUGGAAGAUGUGGCUUCUGCAACAUGGAGCUCGAGGAUCCUACUUUACGUCGCCGCCAUUAUAACAAUAUGGAAUGUAUUGUAAUGAUACACUGUGGUACCUGCAAAGAGAAGUUUGAAUUUCAUCAACAAUUCAUCGAUCACGUAUAUGAGCUGCACUUGCCAAGUCCAGCAAACAAUAAUGACGUAUCCGUGGCGGAUACGACCGUGCCCUCUGAGCUUUCGACAAAUGUCUCAUAUUCUGAAACAUUCAACUCUCGGCUCCCGCAUAGUUGCAAUAUUUGUGGGCAAACCUACAACAACUACUACAACGUACUUCGUCACAUGGAAGGAAAGCAUCCCGAUCAAGUCCCGAAAAGAUAUGUAUGCGAUAAAUGCGACGCAGGAUUCCCCCGACAGGGUCCGCUGAGGGAUCAUAUGUACGAGGUGCACGGAACAACCCUUCCUAGAGUUCGCCGUGAGAUGCUUUCGUGCAGAAUGUGCACGGAGCAAAUCGAUUCGAAGGAAAAGUGGCUGAAGCACCAGACAGAGCAGCAUUCUCGGUAUACUUGUUGCUUCUGUGCGUUCCAGACGAAGAGCUUGGAAGAUUUCAAAGAUCACAUUGAAACUCAUCCGCAACUGGCAGUAAAAAAUAACCCUAUCCCCACUACAGCAGCACCAAGUUUAUUGUCUGUGACGAAUGGUGGAAACGAGGGAGAUGAUGAAGAUGAAGAUGAGAACCUGCAACCAACAAAAAAAAUUAAGCUGGAACCUUCAGAGUUCGAAUGCCCCGUGUGCCAUGCUGGAUUCUCCGGUAACGUUGCGCUCUCAAACCACAUGCGUUCGCACUACAGCAACGAAGUCGUGAAGUACCAAAGUGUGUCUGCUGUUAAGAAUAGUUUGGCAAAUCCAACCAUGAAAAAUACAUCAACUCCUAUAGUAACGGGAGUCGAGACGGCAAUGCCUGAGCAAGUGCGUCGGAUUCGUUGCCAUUUGUGUUCAAAGCGUUUUACGUCGAAAAAGACGUAUCGUAAGCAUAUGUUGAUAGAGCACCAAGUAAAAAACGUAAGUUUUAUAAAGUGCUCAAUUUGUAAGGCAGAGUUCACGCACGAGAGAGGUUUGCGAGUACACUUGUACAAAACCCAUGGAACUAUAUUGACUAGUGAGAACAUAAAUGCAACCUAUGAAUGUGAGAUAUGCGACGCCGAAUUCAAAAGCGAGAAGUCGUUGAACCAACACAAGGGUAUGGUGCAUAAGAAUCGGGAUAAAGAUACCUCAGUGGAGGCUCACAAUCCGCCUGUCCAAAACGGCCCUAUCUAUUGGUACCAAUGCAGCUACUGUCCCGCUCAUUUUGAGACAAACAAGAAGCUUGCCAUUCACUUGAAUUCUCACACGGAGUUCGAUGCAAACGAUUAUUCAUGCAAAGAUUGUGGUAAUGUUUAUAAUGGACGAAAAAGUCUUUGGGUUCAUCGUUACAAGAAACAUCGAGAAGUUCCCAAUCCAACGGGCUGUCCAAUUUGUAAGAAGCUUUUCUUCACGAAUAAAAUGCUUCAAAUCCACAUUACACAUCACGGGGAAACCGGUGGCCAGAUGAGCGAUUUGCAAAAUAUUGAAAACGGAGAAGAGCAGAACAAAGACGUUUAUGACAGUUGUAAACAAGGCGCAGAAAAUGAAGAAGAGAAUGAUGAAGAUUACGAGCAGGAGGAUGAGCAUGGGAUGGAGCAAGAUGAAGAACGGGUUCAGGAAGAUUUUGAGUUGCUCGCGCCGAAAGUUCAUUGCUCAGUUUGUAAUGAGGAGUUUACUGAUCAAGAUUUAUUCGACAAACAUAUGGAAAUGCAUCAAAUCGAUUUGUAUAGUGACAAUCCACUAGCUGCUAUGUUUGAUACUGGCCCCGAUGAUCCUAAUCAAUACUUCAUGAAUCGAAUGAGUGACAACGGUGCUUAUACGUGUGAUAUAUGUCCGAAAACAUUUCCAGCACUGACGGCUUUGAAAGUACAUCGAAACUGGCAUUUCAGACAAGAUGGUAAACAGAUUCCCGCCGACUCGAAAAUGAAAUCUCUGGCGCAGAAGAAGAAAGCGACAAACGUAUGUGAAUAUUGCGACACAGGAUUCUCUAGUGCGAGUAACCUCAGGCGUCACAUAAUGGAGGUGCACAACCGCGGUCCGCAUAACAAUUCAAGCCGUGUGAAGAAAUUCGUUGACAAAUAUUUAGAGUGCACAAAGUGUAAUAUGAAAUUCGACGAGAAACCCGAGUGGGUGAAACAUAAGAUGACACAUGCUACUGAAAGUUUUAUUUCCCCUUUCGAAUGGGGUUGUGAAAUUUGCGGUAAGAUAGUGUCGAGAAAGGAGAGACUUGUUCAGCACAUGAACAGCCACUUGAGGUCGAGAGGGGACGCUGAGGAUGGAAAUGGGAGUGUUGUAAGCGAAGAUCAAGGUAACUCGCAGGACACGGUCUUUUCAAGCAAUACUGGACGUCAGAGUGCCGCUGGAAAACCCAGAACAGGUGAAGACGAUGAAGCCGAAUACGAGAAGGGAGACAAUGCAGACGCGGAAGAAACUAGAGAUGGAUCAAUGGAAGAAGCUGACGGUAAUCAGGAAAAUAUCGAAGAACCCGAAGAAAGUAUUAACGAUGUUCAUGAAGAAGAAGAUGAUAGUGAUGAUGAUGAUGAGAACGGGGAUGAUGGAGCAGAGGGAGAAGAUGGUAACGUUAGAGGAAACCAAUUGCAAUACGACGAAGACUCCAGUCAACAGUAUCAGGAAGUAGAUCCAGACCAAGAUGAUAUUCAAGAUGACGAGGAGGAAAACGAUGAAGAAGAAGGCGAGGAAGAGGAAGAUCAAGAUAAUAUGGGCGCGUAUUCUUGCGAUUUAUGUCAAGUGUACUUCGAAACUUCGAAGCAAUUACGGCGCCAUGUAACGAGCCAUUUUCUAAACGGCCCCGGAUCAGUGACACUGACUGAGAUACCCAAAGAAAAGUCGUACGCUUCCAAGAUUCAAAUCGGAGACGAUGUUACAACUAUAACUCCUGUAUAAAGAAAUACAGUUUUGUACAUGCAUAAUAUAUCUACUUUAGUGUUAAAAUGGCAAAUUAGGUUUAGUUGGUUUUAUUUGUAGAUUUCUAGAUAUAAUUGUGCUGAAUCAUUAAGAGAUUUUAUCGUGGUAUUUGGAAGCAAAAUGGUGGCCGUGUUGCAUUGAUUCCAAGUUAGCUUAGCAGUUCGAAUUAUCAGUGUUUCUGGGAUUUCAGACCUUAUUUUUUGUUCUUUUUGCUUGUAGAGAAGAUGGAACACCCAGGCGUGAAUGCGUGUUUGGCAGCUGUUGGGAGCAUUGUAUGAAUGUGAACAUACAAAUAGAAAAUAGGAAUUUAUAUUUACGGAAUAUUUCAAUAUUUAUUCACCAAAUUUGUUUUCCCUAGCUAAUCCUUUUUCAAUGAGAUAAAUAUAAAGCAAAAAUAGACAAACCGAACUGAAAGGGAGAACUGAAUGUUUGUGUCUAGCGAAAUUGAAACAUAUUUUUCUUCCAAUUUCCAUGAUUAACUGACUUGAUCUGGGUUUAACUUGCCAUUUGAGAAGUUUUUCUUGAGGUAAACAGCCAUCUAUGUAAUCUCAGUUGUGUCCUUUUAGUGCCCAAAUGAGUUGUCACGGGUGAGGCGAAGGGUUUCGUCAAUUGACUCCGGUCCUUACCGUGACUUGUAUAGAUAUAAUUGUAUUGAACGUUUGCUUGUUGUACCAUUAAUCUGAAAAAUGUUACCGAGCUGAUAAGCGUUCAUUGGAGAUGCUGUUGGAAAACUUCCGUGUAUUAAUAUUAACCGAGUUUGCAAACGUUUUCAAAAUUUCGCAAGAUAUUGUAUAAUGAGACAUUGUUAUGAAAUAGUUUUCUAAGUUUAUUAUGUAUUUCAAUUUACAUACAUUUUGUAUUGGGAUUUUGAUCCUUUCCUUACUGUUACCUCGUUUGAAUCAGUUACAUGUAAAGUAUAUUAUUAUUUCAUUAAAAUAGAAAUUUUUACACAA